AUGAGUCGACAAGUGACAACUGUGUGUGAUCUUUGGGACGAGUGGACAAUAGGUCGAGAUGGAUUCUGGUCUGUUCAAGAAUUAGAAGACAAGUGGGGCGCUAAAUGGAGAAAAGACAACAGAAAAUGGUUCAAUAUCCAUAAAAAAAUCAUUGAUUCCGUUGAAGACCUUCAGCUGGAUCUUGGCCUCUUCUCCCCCGCUUCUGCUGUAGGCGCCUUACAAAAGGUACUCAACACUCGCCACUGGUCUUUGGAUCGCUUGGGCACCGAGCUCCAAAAAGGCGCUUUUUUUUCCUUGCGAAGAAACGAAAAGAAGAAAAUUACAACACUUCUAGUUGAGCCUCUUUUACCAUCAAUAGUUGCAUUCUCAUUAAUAAAUAUCUUUUUUUCUUUCCUGUGGAUUUUGUAA